UAAACAUAAGUAUUUCUUUGACAUAUAUAAACUCAAAGUCUCUUGAAAAAAAAAAAAAAAAAUCUUUGUAGUCCUUCGGGUCCCCUAAGCACAAAUUUCCCUACAAGAUUUCAUCUUUAGCUUGAAAAACAAAGCCUAAAGAAAGCGUUUUGAUAAGAUAUGGGGAAUCGAAUGCAGAAGAUCUCAGAUGCGAGGAAUCAAAAGCAGACGAGUUUCACGUUUGAGAUAGAUAACUUCUCGGAGAAGAAAGCUGAGAUAUCGUCUCCUUUAUUCGGAUGCGGCGGAUGCGAAUGGUAUGUUACCGUUCAUCCCAUGGGAGACCAUUGCUGUGAUCACUUGGCUGUGUACAUGAAUGUUGCCAGAACUAAAUCAUUUAGAACUGGAUGGAAAAAGAGAGUUAGUUAUCGCUUCGUUUUGUUGAAUCAGUCGGGCAAAGAGCUCCAGACAUUUGGAACACCUAAAGAAGGCAGCUUGUUCUGUGAUGAGGCCCGAGGCUGGGGUUAUCCCAAAGUAUUACCUCUUAGCAAGCUUAAAGAAGAAGAUUUUUUAGAGAAUGACAAACUGAUCAUUCAAGUGGAGCUACAAGUGGUUGAAGAUGUUCAUGUAGAAGAGGUAACUAGGAAGGGGAUGUUAGAUCUCAAUGGUUUCGAAGUUCAUUAUACUAAGGGUGUUUUAGUGAGCAAGAUUUUCGCAAAGCACCCGGACAUUGCAGUAGAUGUCAAACCGACGAACCAAGUAGUGAAGACAGCAUACAUGGAUGUCCUCCUCAGCCUCAUCGAGACACUGCGUAAGCCUCCACAGAGCUUUUCGAAUGCUGACGUAGGAAAGGCUUUGCGCAAUUUGAAAGAGCUAACAGAAGCAGGCUUCAGGCUAGAUUGGUUAAAGGAAAAGCUCGACGAAGUCGUCUCGAAGAGGAAGAAUGCAACUGAUGAUGGUUCCCAGGUCAAAGAAAUGGAAGAACACAUCAAAAGUCUGGAGCUGGUUUUGUUGAAUCUCAAAGUUGAACUGAACAAGGAGAAGGCUAAAGCUGCUGCUUCUGUUAAACUCUUGCCGCUUGACGACAUUGUUUGAUGUCAAAAUAAAAAGUUCUUUUAAAAGUUCGUAUAUUAUAUUCAUGGUUCC